AUGGAGUUGAUGACAAUUGAAAAGUUCUUGCCGUACUUGGAACCAUAUGCCAAUAAAGAGCUCCUAACGCCAGCUGAAGCACUCCAGCUAUCGUUGCUCAUCACUGAAUUGCUCGUUGACGAUUACGUCGACUUUGGCUUGUUAAAAUUCUUAUCGCGGUUCCUUACCCAACAAUCGUAUGAUGAAAUUAUCGAGGAGAGGAAUAUUGAACACGAGUGUGGCUAUGUGUUCAAUGGUACAACACCGGCGCUGAGGACUGAUGCUGGAGCAUCGACAAAGUAUCAAAUAUAUAACAGGAAACCGUCAAUCAUUUUACCAAACACCUAUAAGAGUCAGUAUUGUUGCAAGGAUCAUUAUCAAGCCAGUGUAUUUUAUCGCAAUCAGUUAUCGAACGAGGCGGUAUUUGCUCGCAAGGACAUUAUGGUUGUGCCGCCAUUUCAAGGUGGUAGCAGAUACUGGUAUGAAAAUUCAAUCACUUGUUUAGAAGAAGUGAUUGCAAAGCAUAAAGAAUUGAAGGAAGAAGGUAAAUCAAUGGCCGAGGUAGUGGCAAUGAUGAAUGGACUCAAUGUGAAUGGAGAUGAGAUGAAUGAAGACACUAACCAAUUAAUCAAGUUGAUUGAGGACUUUGAUAUAGUUGAAAAAGAAGUUGAUUAUCAUCAUCCUACAGAUGGGAAAAUCCCCGAACAAGCUGUUGAAAGCGAUGAAGAAGAAGAAGGGGAUUCAAGUUUGGCGCAUAACAGAAUAGAAGGCUAUAUCACCACCAACAAGAGUUUUGGUGGGUACGUAGUUUGA